AUGUCUGCCACGCGCUUUUUCCGCUCCGGAAACGACAGCUCCAGUGAGAGCAGCUCCGACGAGGAGGAACUCUACUCCGAUGAGGAGGAGGAGCUCGACGACCUCGACGAUGAUGACGACGACGAGGACGACGAUGAUGACGACGACGACGACGAUGACGAUGAUGACUCGGAUACCGACUCGGACGGCGACAGGCCGCGGGGAGCGAACGCGUUCUUGCUCGACGCAGAUUCAGGUGCCAGCUCCGACGAGGAGGAGCCCUCUGCCAAGGUGAAGAGCGCGAAAGACAAGCGGUUCGACGAGCUCGAUGCCACAAUCACGGCGAUUGAAAACGGCGAGAAGAUCAACGACUGGGGCUCGAUCUCGACUGAGUUCGAUAAGCUGAACCGCCAGGCCGAGAAGCUGCGCCAGGGUUCCAAGGCCCCCAAGCUCUACAUCAAGGCCGUUGCCGACCUCGAGGACUUUUUGAACGAGUCGAUCUCCAUGCAGAAGGUCUCCCUGAAGAAGAUGAACGCGACCAGCGCACGUGGCCUGAACGCCGUCAAGCAGCGCAUACGCAAGGUCGUCAAGGAGUACCAGAGCCAGAUCGACGAGUACCGUGCCGACAAGGAUGAGUUCAUGGAGUCUGACGAGGAGGAGGCCCCGGCACCAAGAAGGGCGCCCGCUGCCGUUACGUUUGACACCACCGUUGAGGAGGGUGACGACCAGGGCUUCUCGACGGUUGUUGGCAAGGGUGGCCGUGUUGUUCAGUUCACGCCCGAUGGCAUCUUCAAGCAGCUGCGGACGAUCAUGGAGUCCCGUGGUAAGAAGAACACCGACCGACCAGAGCAGAUCAAGAUUAUGGAGAAGCUCAACGAGAUUGCCGUGACGCCGUACCAGCAGAUCCGUGUCCUGCUGACGCUCGUCUCGGCACGCUUCGACCUGGGCUCGGGCGCUGCCACCUUCAUGCCGCUCGAACACUGGAAGGCCGCCGAGAAGGAGCUGGGCCAGCUCUUCAAGAUCCUCGAGAAGAACAAGGAGUACAUUGUCAUCGAGAACGCCGAGGAGUGGGACGACGACGACAAGCCGCCCACCCUGGAGGCCGGCCAGAAGUACGUCAAGAUCCCAGGCAGCAUCGUCUCGUACGUUGAGCGUCUGGACGACGAGUUGGUUCGCUCUCUCCAGAACAUUGACCCCCACACGUCCGAGUACAUCGACCGCCUCCAGGACGAGGGUGCCCUGUACAACACCAUUGUCCUGGGCCAACUUUACUACGAGACGCUCCGCAAGGACUCGUCCCUGGAGAUCCCCCAAGAGAGCCUGAACCGCAUUGUCAUGCGGAGACUCGAGCACAUCUACUUCAAGCCGGCGCAGGUGGUCAAGAUCCUGGAUGAGAACAGCUGGAAGGAGGCCACCAGCGGCAUCGACUCGACGAUUACGCCGCGCGCCGAGUCGAGUGAGCCUUCCGGUCUGCUGAACCUGCUGUGCGGCUACCUGUUUGCCAACAGCGAGGGGAUCAUCCGCGCCCGUGCCAUGCUGUGCCAAAUCUACUUCCUGGCGCUGCACGACGACUACUACCGCGCGCGUGACAUGAUGCUCAUGUCGCAUCUGCAGGAGACGAUCAACAGCUUCGAUGUGCAGUCGCAGAUCCUGUACAACCGGACGCUGGUGCAGGUGGGCCUCUGCGCAUUCCGCAAGGGUCUUGUGUACGAUGCGCAGAACACGCUGCAGGAGAUCUGCGGCAGUGGCCGGCAGAAGGAGCUCCUGGCGCAGGGCGUCAUGAUCCAGCGCUACAGCCAGGUCUCGCCCGAGCAGGAGCGCAUUGAGAAGCAGCGCCAGCUGCCGUUCCACAUGCACAUCAACCUCGAGCUGCUCGAGUGCGUGUACCUGACGUGCAGCAUGCUGCUGGAGAUCCCGCUGCUGGCGCAGACCGGCUCGUCGCCGGACAUCAAGAAGCGGGUGAUCAGCAAGACGUACCGCCGCAUGCUCGAGUACCACGAGCGCCAGAUCUUCACGGGCCCGCCGGAGAACACACGCGACCACGUGAUGCAGGCCUCGAAGACGCUGGCGGCGGGAGAGUGGAAGAAGGCGAUUGAGUUCAUCCACAGCAUCAAGAUCUGGGAGCUGAUGCCGCAGGCCGACAGCAUCAAGGCCAUGCUGGCCAAGCAGAUCCAGGAGGAGGGCGUGCGCACGUUCCUGUUCACGUACGCGCCCUUCUACGACACGCUGGCCCUGGAGACGCUCAGCAACAUGUUUGAGCUGGAGACGCACAAGAUCUCGGCCAUCAUCAGCAAGAUGAUCAGCCACGAGGAGCUGGCGGCCGCCUUGGACCAGGUCAACCAGACGGUCAUCUUCCGCAAGGGCGUCGAGCUGUCGCGUCUGCAGAGCCUGGCCCUGACGCUGUCCGACAAGGCCAGCGCGCUGACGGAGUCAAACGAGCGGACACUGGAGCAGCGGACACAGGGCUCGGCCAACGCCUUCGACAGACAAGGCGGCCGCGGCCGGGGCGGUGGCCGUGGUGGCGGCGGCGCACGGGGCGGCCGCGGAGGCGCUCGUGCCGGCGGCAACACGCAACGGCAGGCGGGCGGCACGCAGUUCACAGGCGGCGCACUGGGUGCUGCCGUCCGGGCUUGA